AUGACCCUCGCGUCAGGAGCCAACAAGUAAGGCUUGAGGGAUUUUAUUACAUGUUCAUAGAAGAACUUCCUGGUGUACCUCGGGUGAUUUUGUGAAAAGGGUAUUUUUUGCCUUUUUCGACGACGAGACAGCCAUACACAUUAAAGGAAAGAAAACUAAAAAGGGCCUGUUUGGUUCACAGGUGUACGACGUGAUAAAAGGUAGGCCUUGCUUAUAUGUAACUCUACAGGCUAAACGGACGUUUACGCAGUCUGGAACAGAGGGGCCCCUCUGUCUUGGCAGAGACGUUGUAGUACUUCAACGGAGAAGGAGUAUUUUCGCCUUUAAGUUACACCACGGGGCGCUGCUCUGAUUCCUAGGAGAUAAGCGACAACCAAGAUGACGCGGAGAACUCCAAUGACACCCUUCCCUCGAGGCAGCCGCUGCAGGUUGAGGGUAAUAAACCCUUCAACUGACUUAUCCAAGAGAGUUGCACGAAACGCUACCCAGCGACCGGCUGCCCAACUUGGACAGGGCCGUGGCGGGCAUGCCUAGAAAGUUAGACGUUAUUCUUGACAGUAACCACCGGCUGCACGGUCGCAUAAGUGAACUGGGAGCUAAGGAAGGUUAAUCAAAGGCCACCUGCCCCUGCGGCUACCCCGCUGCAAAAGCCUAUGCGGAAAGCAGCGGAAUUCCACCGGUUAACUGCGUUGCUGGAGGACACGAGAAUACGGAGGCAACUUGUAGGCUGUCCGUUUUAUCACUAUACAGAACAUAAAGAGUCAUUUCUCACUUGUCUAGGCGGGAACAACCUGGACGACUUAGUCCAGCGAAUAUUAUUUGCGCUUUUUGAGGACGAAAUUGGCCUCCACGUGAACUCGAGGUUUGUAAACUGAAAGAUAACCUUGGUCAUUCCAAAGUUUAUAAAGUCAUAUUGGGUAACUACGCAAUUAAGCGUCCCACUAUCUACAUUUGUAGGUGUUUUCGGCGCGUGGAACACCAAUGGCGCGGCCAAGCUGUCCGACCUGAGGUCUGCCUACACAAAGCGACUCAAGAGGCCUUUGGACAAUUACGUUCCACGUCACCGAGAGGACAGUAA